AUGAUGAUGGGCCCCUACUACGAGCUGGCAAAGGUCCUAGGAGUGGAGGUCUGCGGUGUGGAGUACAGCGGCUAUGGCGCUGCUUCCGGGAGGCCGAGUUCUGGGAAUACAUAUGCUGACGUUGAAGCAGCUUACGACUACCUGGUGACGACGAAGGGCGUCCCACCCAAGAGGAUUGUGGCCUAUGGACAGAGCGUGGGCAGUGGCCCGGCUACCUUGCUGGCUUCAAAGAAGACCCUUGGCGGCCUCAUCCUGCACUCGCCACUUCUCUCUGGGAUUAAGGUGGUGGAUCCCAAGCCAGAUGCCUGCUGCAGACCUUCCUGUGUUUGGAGUUGCUUCGACUUCUAUCCCAACGACAGGCGGGUUCGGCACCUGCUGUGUCCACUCUUCGUGAUGCAUGGCCAGCGUGACGACAUCAUCCCCUUCUACCAUGGCCUGCGACUGCAUAAGGCUUGCCCAAAGCAACACCGGUGGCCUGGCUACUUCCCCACACGCGCAGGCCACAACGAUCUGGUGGAAACCGACAUGCGAGCCUACUUUGGGGAGGUCUCCAGCUUCCUUCAGGACGUCCGGCAAAUUGCCAGGGGCCAGAAGGUCGAACCCCCCUUCGACAAGCCCCCACAGGUUGAGAUGUCGGACGUGUCGGCCAAUGGCCACGAAACGGUGAAGGUUGGUCCCGAGGAUGGCCGCUACCGGCAAAUGCGCCAAGGCAACGUCCUGGCGCCUGGCCGCGAGGAUGGCCAAGCAAGAGAAGUGGCGCAGCAGUGA